AUGGACCCGUCCGCCAUCCCCUCCCUCUCCGCAGGCGAAGUCGGCUCCCGUUUCGUCUCCCAGGACGAGAUCGACACAGCAAAGGCACGCAGGGAAGAGCAGUGGAGAGCCGCAUACGCUCGCCUCGGCCAGGAGCCACCCCCUUUGCAGCAGGAGGACCACUACGACGGACGCUCUCUGGCUGAAAAACUUGCUGCGAACAAGAUAGCCAAGCAGGAGGAAUGGGAGGAGAAGAAUAAGCUAGCGAAUCAAUUUCGCGCUCUCGAGGAGGAUGAAAUCAUGUUUCUGGACUCUAUAAGAGAGCGACAAGAAGAGGAGGAACGUCGCCGAAAGGAACAGGACGGGGAAGAGCUCAAAAACUUCAAGGAGGCAGUUGCUGCACGAACAAGUGCCGUCAACAAUCCGCCACCAUUAAGCACCGCGGCUACGGUUGCGGCCAAACCCAAACCACCGCUGGGGAAGAAGGACACCAAGAAGACUCUCAAGGGUGUCAUUGUGAAGAAGAAACCAGCCAAACCCGCCGUAUCUAACUCUCGACUGGAAUCGAAAGAAAAGACCGGUAAGGAAGAGAAGGAAGAAAAGGACGACGCAUCGCCAGACGCGAAAAGGAGAAAGAUAGACAAACCAUGA